CAUACCUCCACCUCCUCAAAUUAAACAAUUCAACAGAUUUCUUCCCUGCAAAACCGUCCUAAGAUUCCAUCGCUAUGCAAAUCUGUCCUUCCAAUUUCCCCCCAACCGUUGAAUCCAGCCAGCGGUGCGUCUCUUUCUGUAUCUUUCACACAAAUAUACAAACACUUUUAUUUUUAUUUUUAUUUUUUUUCCUAUCAAGGUGAAAAGGGUCAGGCAGCAAAGACCUUGAUCGCCUUCACCGCAAUAAUGCCUAUUGCGAUUUUCAAACUGAAAUUUUCUCAAAAACCCAUUUGAUUUUUGGACCCGUUCAUUUUAAAUUUUUUACCCAGAAUCCCUAAAAAGUUUCCAAAAAAAGAAAAUUGAAAAACUGGAGUAUGAGGAUUCAAAGAUAAGCCUAACCUUUUGUUCACACGAUAGUACAUCGUUCAUAUUUUUGAACUAAGGGUUUUUUUGGACGAACCCAUGUGAUCUGUGUCCGUGAUCAAAAGAGGAAAUCAGAAGUCCCCGGAUUCAAAGGUUUGAUCUUUCGCGCUAACCCUAACUUUGUUUUUGAUAAGCUGCACUGAAGAAGAGCAAUUUUAGAAUGUCGUGGUGAACCCAUUUGAGCUAGAUGCAGAAAAUAUUAGAAAAGGAGAGAAAAAUCAAGACUUUGGUAGCAAAACUAAAAUUUGUUUUCCCUUGACCAGUUUGUGUUUUCAUAGGGCAAUUAGUGGUUGUUUGCGUAAUGGAACCACCGUUAUCACCAAUUCUGAUCAAUCUAUGCUUUGUUUUCACUUUUUUUGCUCUUUUUAUUCAAUCAAAUCAACAAAUUGAUACAAAUAUAACCCCUCCACCGCCUCCUCCACCACCACCUCCGCCACCUCCACCUCCACCUCCUCCGCCUCCUCCGCCACCUUCGCCGUCUCCGCCUCCACCACCUGAUGGAUUUCUCUCACCUCCACCCCCUGAAUUGCAUCUCCCACCGGCAACGCCCCCUUCUGGCUCCUCUCUGCCGCCACCAGAUUCGCCUCGGGGAGAAGCCCCAACGGAUGAAAGCAAUGGAUCUCCACCAGAUCAUGGCGCUAGAAAUUCUUCAGAAUUACCAACUUCACAGGAAAACAAGGUUAAUGCGGGGAAAAAGAUUGGCUUCUUUUUUGUUGGCAUUGCAGCAAUUUUGCAGAUUGGUGUAGUGGGUUUCUUGGCUUUCAAGAGAAGGCAGCUUUUAAGGAUCACUGACAGAUAUGAAACUUGCACUUCUUGAAAUUUAUUUAUUUAUUUAUUUGUUAUAGAUUUCUUGAAGUUUGCCAUAUCAUAAUUCUUUCGUUUGGGGCAUUGAAUUACAAUGCGGAGGCUUAUUGUUUCAGUUGGAUUGGGAUGAGUUUCUUGGAUGUGAGGGCCUUGUUGGAUGGGAUUCAAAUUCUUUGACCGUGAGCUACUAAGGGCAAAAAAAUUAUGGAUUGAUGAUUGAUGAUACAUAUUAUCAAAUUGAGUGUGGAGUAUAACAGUAGUUGGGUUCUCUGUAAAAAGAAUGCGGAUGGACAUUUUUUUCAUCACGUUGACAUAUUUUUCAUUUCGGUUAUGUAGUGUUGUCUACAUGGUUGAUAAUUUAAAGCUGUAGAAACCCUUUCCCUACAACUUUGUGAGUUCUUGACUAUGUUAAGUUUGUGAGCUAUGUGACUUAAAUGAGUUAACAAUAAUUUGUCACCGAAGAUGCUUGGUCUUUUUAAUCGAAUCUCAUAAAGACUUGUGACA